GGGGCUUGGCGGUCGCAGUGCGGGGCAGCGGGUGCGGAUUCCGGCGGCGCUGGGGUCCUUGGUCUUCUGGCUCCGGGCGUGGGCGGGAUGACGCGCUUCGCUCUGACCGUGGUCCGGCAUGGAGAAACAAGACUUAACAAGGAGAAAAUAAUUCAAGGACAAGGAAUAGAUGAGCCUCUUUCAGAAACUGGAUUUAAACAAGCAGCUGCUGCUGGUAUAUUUCUUAAAGAUGUGAAGUUUACUCAUGUUUUCUCCAGUGACCUUAAAAGGACAAAGCAGACCGUGCAUGGGAUUUUGGAGAAGAACAAAUUUUGCAAAGAUGUGACAGUAAAGUAUGACUCAAGACUUCGAGAAAGGAAAUAUGGGGCUGCAGAAGGCAGGCCGCUGAGCGAGCUGAGGGCCAUGGCUAAAGCAGUGGGGGAGGAGUGCCCAGCGUUCACACCGCCUGGAGGAGAGACCCUGGACCAGCUGAAAAUGCGUGGCAAAGACUUUUUUGAAUUUCUUUGUCAACUGAUCCUGAAAGAAGCCAGUCAGAAUGAACAGUUUUCCCAGGAUUCCCCGAGCAGCUGUCUGGAAAGUUCCCUGGCAGAGAUAUUUCCAUUAGGGAAAAACUGUGCCUCCACAUUUAACUCGGACAGCGGUGCCCCGGGCCUAGCAGCCAGUGUCUUAGUCGUGAGUCACGGCGCCUACAUGCGAAGCCUGUUGGAUUACUUUCUGACCGACCUCAAGUGCUCGUUCCCAGCGACUCUGAGCAGGUCUGAGCUCACGUCAGUUAGCCCUAACACAGGGAUGACUGUCUUCAUCCUAAACUUUGAGAAAGGAGGCAAAGGGAAACCAACCGCCCAGUGUGUGUGUGUGAACCUGCAGGGCCACCUGGCCGGGGUGAGCAAAACUCCCUAAAUCUGAAUCAUCUGCAUGGAAAUCAACAAAUGUGAGCCUCUGAGCGAGUGCCUCUUGACUUGACUUCCAUCCUCUGCUAAUGCAGAUUUGGAAACAGUUAAAAAGCUGUCCAUUACAGCAAGUUAUAAAACUCGAGUGGAAUCAGAGCCAUGUGAAACACUAAUAGAAAACACUAAUAGAAAACCAUCGAAAAUGGACUUCUUUGGUGCAAGUACAGUUGGAAUUUUCCAGGGUAAUUUUACCACCCUGCUCAGAGACCUCUCUGUAUUGUAAAUGGAUGAGGGAACUCAGUAUUGUGAAUUGAGGCAUGAAUAACCCUGUUACUAUGGUUUGGGUUACUAUGUCUUUUUUUUUUUUUUUUAAUGUUUUUCUUUAAUGUCUGAAAAAUCUGACUUGUUUUCUUGGCUCUUGGUAUGAUACUGUUUUUUUUUUUUUUUCCUUUUGCCGUCUUCAUCCAGUGCUUGGAAGAGGGAACUUGUAAUUUCCACUCCAUAUUUGUGUGACAGUAUGUUAUAUUCAAAAAGUCCUUAAAGGAAGCCUGCUGUCAUAGUUUACAUAAAAGCAAACGACACUAAAUCUACUAUGGAAAUCAACUGUUGUAACUGUGGACUCUGGAGGGUUUGAGAUAAUAGAUAAAUGUGGCUUGUAGUUGCAGAACAUUAUAGUGAGGAAGAACCAUCAUCUAUUACAGAAUUUUAAAGAGGGAAUCAACGCAGGAGAAACAAAAAGAGCAGACUUUUCAUAUCUAACCUGUGGGCUGAAGAAUUUAGUUUGAACAUGGUGCUUAAGAAAGCACACAGUUGCUGAUUUGCUUCAAAGCAGUGGGGAUUUGUUCAAGAUGAGGUUUCCUCUCUUUUCCACCAGAUGGUGCUAGAGAAAAGGGAUUUGGGUUAUCAUUACCGACUUCAUGGACCUGAGUUUGAGCAAGCUCAGGAAGUUGGUGAUGGACAGGGAAGCCUGGCAUGCUGCUGCUGUUGGGGUCGCAAAGAGUCAGACAGGACUGAGCGACGGAACUGAACUGAAAUUCUGUGCAACAGAUGGGGGUCCUUCUGAAGUCCUCGUCUCUAUGGAGAAAGUGUAUGCCAUGCAGUUCUGCUUAUAAAUAGUCAUGUUGAUGAAUGCUGUGAGCCUCAGCUCACAAGAGGGUGAGACUGAGUCUGUCUGUCACUUAAGGCUAAAGUCACACGUAGACGCACGCCAGGUUCAGGAUCAUGCAGUCCUCGGUGUGCCCAGUGCCGCUGGUGGUCCUGGAACGGAGGGUGUGGUCGCGCACGCAGGAAGCUCAUGGCAGACAGACAGCUGCAAAGUAACCAGAAAAGGACGAAUAAUAAGUGCCCGCUUCCCCACCCUCCAGAAGUAAUAACUAACCCCCUCCUUUUUUUUUAAUAACACACUGAGAUAGAAGUAAAGUUCCUCUCAGCAGCCAUCACUGCCGUGUUCCCUCCUGUUCUCCGCAGAGGCGGCCAGCACCUUGGGUCCACACACCACCCCCAUCCUUCCCAUGGCCGCCUGGUAUCAUCAGGGAACGGAAUCAUUCUGGCGUUUUACAAACGGACACAGCAUCGGUCUAUUCUGACUUCUCACUUCCUGUGUGUAUCUUGGGGCUCUAUACUGGUCUGUACAGAUCCGGUUACUUCUCUAACCACUGUAUUCUGCAGAAUAAACACACUACGUUUUAU